AUGGCACCCAGAAUCGCUAUUGUGUUUUACUCGCUAUACGGCCACAUUACGGCCCUGGCUGAGGCUGAAGCGAGGGGUAUUGUCAUAGCUGGCGGCAAGGCGGACCUGUUCCAAAUUGCAGAAACGCUUCCCCAAGAAGUUCUGGCGAAGAUGUAUGCGCCAAGCAAGCCCGCUUAUCCCAUUCUCGAACCGAGCCAGCUACUUGACUACGAUGCAGUGCUCUUUGGGAUUCCCACACGAUUUGGAAACUUACCUGCUCAAUGGAAGGUAUUUUGGGAUAAAACCGGAGGCAUCUGGAACUCGGGCGGCUACUGGGGCAAGUAUGCUGGUGUCUUUGUGUCCACGGGAACUCUUGGUGGCGGGCAAGAGUCAACAGCGCUUGCAAUGAUGAGCACUCUAGCCCACCACGGAUUUAUCUACGUACCUCUUGGCUAUAAAGCAGCAUCCUCCCUACUCUCUAAUGUUGUGGAAGUGCAUGGCGGUUCGCCAUGGGGUGCAGGAACCUUUGCAGGUGCCGACGGUUCUCGCCAACCCACCGAUCUUGAACUGGAGAUUGCUGAAGUACAGGGCAAGUCAUUUUAUGAAACUGUCUGUAAGGCGACUUGA